AUGGAACCCUUGCUGGGCUUUCCCCACCACCACUGCUUCCUCCUCCUCUUCUUCAUCUCCCUGAGCGCGCUGGGCUUGGCUCAGUACGAACACUGGCCUUACCUCCCUGGCUACCCUGAGCCACCCCCACAAGUGUACCAACCCCCCCAGAGAGCAGCAGAUGUGCCCAAGAUCCAGCUGAGGCUGGCAGGGCAGAAGAGGAAGCACAACGAGGGCAGGCUGGAGGUGUUCUACGGCGGCGAGUGGGGCACGGUGUGCGACGACGACUUCUCCAUCCACGCUGCACACGUGGUCUGCAGGGAGCUGGGCUACCUGGAGGCUGUGUCCUGGCUACCCAGCUCCAAGUAUGGCAAAGGAGAAGGCAAAAUUUGGAUGGACAAUGUCCACUGCAAUGGCAAAGAGACCACCCUGGCAGCCUGCAGCUCCAACGGCUGGGGAGUGACUGACUGCAAACACACUGAGGACGUGGGAGUGGUCUGCAGUGAGAAGAGAAUCCCUGGCUUCAAGUUUGACAGCUCCUUGCUGAACCAAAUAGAGAACAUGAACAUCCAGGUGGAGGACAUCAGGAUCCGUCCCAUCCUGGCCACCUACCGCAAGCGAGUGCCGGUCACGGAGGGCUACGUGGAGGUGAAAGAGGAAGGCAGCUGGAAGCAGAUCUGUGACAAGCACUGGACCAUGAAGAAUUCCCGAGUUGUCUGUGGCAUGUUUGGCUUUCCCAGUGAGAGGAAAUACAACACCAAUGUCUACAAGAUGUUUGCCAGCAGAAGGAAGCAGCAUUAUUGGCCUUACUCCAUGGACUGCAGUGGGAAUGAAGCUCACAUCUCCAGCUGCAAACUGGGCAACCACCUCCAGGUGGAUGCAGGGAAGAACACAACCUGUGAGAAUGGGAUGCCUGCAGUUGUCAGCUGUGUCCCAGGACGUGCCUUUGCCCCCAGCAGCCACAGUGGCUUCAGAAAAGCCUUCAGGCAGGAGCAACCACUGGUGAGGCUGAAAGGAGGAGCCAACACUGGGGAAGGCAGAGUUGAAGUGCUGAAAAAUGGGGAGUGGGGAACAGUUUGUGAUGACAACUGGAACCUGGUGUCAGCCAGCGUGGUGUGCAGAGAGCUGGGCUUUGGGAGUGCCAAGGAAGCCAUCACAGGAGCAAGGCUGGGGCAAGGCAUGGGCCCAAUCCACCUGAAUGAAAUCGACUGCACAGGCUUUGAGAAGUCCCUCACUGACUGCAAGUUCAACACAGAGUCCCAGGGCUGCAACCAUGAGGAAGAUGCUGCUGUGAGAUGCAAUGUUCCAGCCAUGGGCUUCCAGAAUCAGCUGCGGCUGAGCGGGGGCCGCAACCCUUACGAGGGCAGGGUGGAGGUCCUGGCGGAGCGCAACGGCAGCCUGAGGUGGGGCACGGUCUGCAGCGAGAACUGGGGCACCGUGGAGGCCAUGGUGGUGUGCAGGCAGCUGGGGCUGGGCUUCGCCAGCCAUGCCUUCCAGGAAACCUGGUACUGGCAUGGAGAUGUGAGUGCUGACAACGUGGUGAUGAGUGGAGUCAAGUGCUCGGGGACAGAGAUGUCCCUGGCCCACUGCCGCCACGACGGAGCUGAGGUCUCCUGUCCCAGAGGAGGAGGUCGCUUUGGUGCUGGGGUGUCCUGCUCAGAGACUGCCCCUGACCUGGUGCUGAACGCCGAGCUGGUGGAGCAGACAGCCUACCUGGAGGACAGGCCCAUGUUCAUGCUGCAGUGUGCCCUGGAGGAGAACUGCUUGGCCAGCUCAGCUGCCAACACCUCCCUCACCUCGGGCUACCGCCGCCUGCUGCGCUUCUCCUCCCAGAUCCACAACAACGGACAGUCCGACUUCCGCCCCCGCAACGGGCGCCACGCCUGGGUCUGGCACGACUGCCACCGGCAUUACCACAGCAUGGAGGUUUUUACCCACUAUGAUCUACUGAACCUCAAUGGCACCAAGGUGGCUGAAGGACACAAAGCCAGCUUCUGCCUGGAAGACACUGAGUGUGAAGCAGAUGUGCAGAAGCAGUAUGAGUGUGCCAACUUUGGGGAGCAGGGCAUCACAGUGGGGUGCUGGGAUGUCUAUCGGCACGACAUCGACUGCCAGUGGAUCGACAUCACCGACGUCCCUCCAGGAGAUUACCUCUUCCAGGUUGUCAUCAACCCCAACUAUGAAGUUGCUGAGUCAGAUUAUUCCAACAAUGUGAUGAAGUGCAGGAGCCGCUACGACGGACAGCGAGUGUGGAUGUACAACUGCCACAUAGGUGGCUCUUUCAGUGAGGAGACAGAGGAGAAGUUUGAUCACUUCAGUGGACUCACAAAUAACAGAGUGGCCACUCGGUAG